AUGAAAUGUAAAGUUUACGGAUGCACAAAAUGUGAUGCAAAUUAAAAUUGUUAUGAGUGUGAUCAAAAUAUGGAACUUGAUUUGAAUACUAAUUAGUGCAUACUAAUGAAUAAUGUUUGUCCAUUUUUAAGAAAUUUUAUUUAAGGUCCACCAAAACUAAAAUAGUGUUAAUAAGAAUGCUCAUCAACUUUUUACUAAAAUAUGGAUGCUUUAACUUGCGAAGAGACUACCAAAUGCAUAUAAAUACAAGAAAGCUCAUCAUUUUCUUUUGAACAAGCAUUAAUAGAUAUAUAAUAGGUUAAUCAAUAAUAAUAUUUAGUUUUAGCAAAUGGCUGCACUUUUGCUUUAGCUGACAAAAAUUGGAAAAUAAUUAGUUUAUAAAUCCUAUAGAAUUUACCAAAUUACGAUGAUUUAUAUAUAUUAAAUGGGAUAGAAGAUUAAAGAAAAAGCUUUAUAGUUGGAGAUUAAGGAGGAUGCACAGCAGGAAACAAAUUAGUUGUUAUGGAUUUUAAAACCUUAAAAGUAUUAUUUGUUUAAGAAAAUACAAUCUAUGAUUACAAUCUGUUAUUAGUAGAUUCAAUAAAUUAACUUGUUUUUUUAUCUACAACUGCAUAUACAAAUACAUUGGUUUGGUAUGAUGCUAUUAAUAGAAAAUUAAAUUCUAUUGAUAUAAGCUAUCAAUAGAUUUAUUUAUUCUUUUAAUUCCAAAAUAAGUCUUAAACUUCAUACAUAAUUUAAUGGUUUGAUAACUCAUUUUAAAAAACCAAUUUUCUUGAAGAUAGAUCAAUAGAGAUAUAAAAGAUCGAUUAAUAAUAAGAUUUAGGAAAUUAUACCUUUUAUCAAUUUUAGUAAAGAAAUGAUUAUUAUAUAGCCUUUUCUUAUGAUUAUUUAGGUAUUUUUACGAUUUUAAAAAUCAAUAUUUCAUCAAAAUUAAUAAGCAUAGGUGGCUAAAUAGAAUAAUUUUAGAAAUAUUUAUAUCAAAAUUAUUUAGUUUAUUUUUCAGAUUUACUAAAUUCUAUCAUGUAUCUAAAUUAAAAGGAUAGCAAUUUACAAAUUUUAGUUUUAAAUGAUUUGUCUGAAUAAAUAAUUUAAAGAAUUAAUUUGACAAACUAUUAAGUAGUUAACUUUCAAGUUUUUGAAGAUAGAAGAUCAAAUUAGACAUUGAUUUUUAUAUUUUCUGAUUUUUUUUAAAUUAUGAAUUUAACGAGCUUUUUAAUUUAAUAAAGUGAAAAUUAAAAAUAUGUGAAAAACUUUGAACAUAUGAAUUUUAAUUAUAUUUCUUAAUAAUCAUAAAUCAUAAAUGUAAUAUUUUAGAUGGAUAAUACUAUGGAUGUAAUCGUAUCUUAAUAGAUUUAAUAAAUAAGGUUGAAAUACAAUCUUACUGAUUAUUCAUACAAAAUAAACUACUUAAAUCCAUACUAAUCUGAAACUCUCUAUUAUGAUAAAAAUUUAAUUUAAAACUAAAAUUAAUUAGCUAUUACUUUAACUAAAAAGUAUUAAAAAAAUUAAUUUUAUAUUUUAGAUGGCUAUUAAAAUUUUUUAAAUUAAACAUCAGCUAUAAUGCUAAUAUAAGAAUCUGUUUAAAACUAUUAAAAGAUCCCAAGAAUCAAUACAAAAAUUUUAAGUAUAAAUCAAUAAACAAGCAAUAUUUUAUAAAAAUAUUAGUUUGUGUAAUAAAUAAAUAAUAAAUAUAUUUUACUUUAAUAAUUAAAUGGUUAAAUUAUUUAGUAAUAUAUAUUUGAUUUAUAAUAAUAAAAAUGCAAAUCUGUUAAUAGUAUAAUAUGGUCCACAGAUUUACAACCUUAGUAGCUCACAAAAAUUAAUAAAUGA